AAAAAACCCUAAAACCUCGAUAGCCGUUUAGGGCAGGGUUCUUGCUGGAAAGAAGGCGAGAGCGAUGGCGGCGAUGCUGCAACCAUCGAUUAUUCUCCUCAAAGAAGGCACCGACACAUCGCAAGGGAAGCCGCAGCUCAUCAGCAAUAUCAAUGCGUGUAUCGCUGUGGUGGAUGUGGUGAGGACCACUUUGGGUCCUCGAGGAAUGGACAAGCUCAUCCACGACGACAAGGGGACUACCAUUUCCAACGAUGGAGCCACGAUCAUGAAGCUCUUGGACGUAGUUCAUCCCGGCGCCAAAGUUCUUGUCGACAUUGCUAAGUCGCAAGACGCAGAGGUGGGGGAUGGCACGACUACCGUUGUUGUUCUGGCUGGUGAGCUCUUGCGAGAAGCAAAGCCUUUUGUCGAGGAGAAUGUCCAUCCACAGCUUAUAAUCCGGAGCUUCAGGACCGCUGCUGACUUGGCUGUCCAGAAGAUCAAAGAAAUAGCAGUCAGCAUAGAGGGGAAGAGCAUCGAAGAAAAGAAGUCGCUCCUCGAGAAAUGUGCCUCGACUACGCUAAGCUCGAAGCUCGUGGGUGGGGAGAAGGAGUUUUUUGCGAAGAUGGUCGUGGAGGCCGUGACGGACAUGGGAGAGGACAGAGGAUUGAAGAUGAUUGGCGUGAAAAAAGUACCCGGAGGAACAAUGCGCGACUCUUUCUUGGUUAACGGAGUUGCGUUUAAGAAAACAUUCUCGUACGCUGGUUUUGAGCAGCAACCAAAGAAGUUUGACAACCCGAGUAUUUUGCUUUUAAACAUUGAGUUAGAGCUAAAGUCGGAAAAGGAGAACGCUGAAAUCAGGCUCUCGGAUCCCUCUCAGUAUCAGUCCAUUGUGGAUGCGGAAUGGAACAUCAUUUAUGACAAACUGGACAAAUGCGUCAAAAGUGGUGCCAAAGUGGUCUUGUCACGUUUGGCUAUUGGUGAUCUGGCUACUCAGUACUUUGCAGAUCGAGAUAUCUUUUGCGCUGGGCGUGUUGUAGAAGAGGAUUUACAACGCGUGGCCCGCGCGACUGGAGGGGCUGUGCAGACUUCCGUCAACAAUCUCAUUCCUGACGUUCUUGGAUCGUGCGAAAGAUUUGAAGAGAAGCAAGUUGGAAAUGAGAGGUUUAAUAUUUUUACGGGAUGUCCUACCGGUGAGACUGCAACAAUUGUUCUCCGUGGCGGGGCGGAUCAGUUUAUCGAUGAAGCAGAGCGUAGCCUUCACGAUGCCAUUAUGAUCGUUCGUAGAGCUCUAAAAAACUCCACGGUUGUUGCCGGAGGGGGCGCUAUAGAUAUGGAAAUAAGUCGAUACUUGCGACAGCAUGCACGGACAAUCCCUGGAAAAGCUCAGCUUUUCAUUAACGCGUUUGCCAAGGCACUAGAGGUGAUCCCACGGCAACUGUGCGACAACGCAGGAUUUGAUGCCACAGAUGUUCUCAACAAGCUCAGGCAGAAGCAUGCUCUCCCUUCAGGAGAAGGUGCCUUGUAUGGUGUAGACAUUAACACCGGUGGUAUAACAGACACAUACGCUAACUUCGUGUGGGAGCCUGCAGUGGUGAAGAUCAAUGCGAUUACCGCUGCGGCAGAAGCUGCAGCACUGGUUCUGAGCGUCGAUGAGACAAUCCGGAAUCCAAAGUCGGAGAGUGCCCAGGGUGAAGCAGCCGCUAAUGCAAUGGCCGGACGAGGGCGAGGAAUGGGGGGAAUGAUGGGCAGGGGCCGAGGAAGGGGAAUGAGGCGGAGGUGACCAUUUCAAAAGGGAAAAAAAGAAGAAGAAAAAAGAGGAAGAAAGAAGAAAGAUUUUUGUUCUUUUUGUAACACUUUUAUUUUUACUAAAGCCCAAAACUAAUGGAUAAAUUAGGGUUUGUGGCUAUUUAGAUAA